AUGAACUAACCAGACUGACAGAAGAACCUUCCGUUGGACAUAAAAGAGACAGUCUAGAUGAAAAAGACAGAUAAAGCGAGGUAGAUCUGAGGCUAGAGACAAGUAACAGACAGAUACCUGGUCCCAACACAUGGCACGUGAUUGUGGAUCAGCAUCUGGACUAAAGAAAAACACAUGAGAGGAGAGAAGAAUGGAUAUUCUCCUUCUUGACAGGACAGACAAACACCAACAGCAAAAGAAGAACCAAUGAGACCAGCCUCCAUCACACAUGCCCUUCUUCUCCUGCCAACCUGUCUUCCUCCAUCCUCUACCUGUCCACUCAGUGUCAUCCUGAGGAUCUGCUAGCAAUCGGGCAUUACUGGCAUCAUGCCAGCUGCGUUGAAGUCAUCUCUGGAUGGGAGCAUGACAGAUUCUGGUGAGCUGGAGCAGGCGGCUACCCCCUGCUUUGGAAAAGUGCCCCGUGACCUGCUCCAAAACUUUCCUCACACUAAGCGUGUGGGCAGCUACCUGGUGGGCAAAAUGAUCAACAAGGGCUCAUUCGCCAAGGUUAUGCUAGGCAUGCACAUCAGUACAGGAGAGAAGGUGGCGAUCAAGGUGAUAGAUAAGAAAAAGGCUCGUCAGGAUUCAUACAUUUUAAAAAACAUGAAGCGCGAACCCCGGAUUCACCAGCUGAUACGCCACCCGAACAUUGUCUUGCUGCUGGAGACGCUGGAGACAGAGAACUGCUACUACAUGGCCAUGGAGCUAUGUGGAGGAGGAGACCUUAUGGAUCGAAUCUGUGAACGCAAACGGUUGGAGGAGAGAGAGGUUCGCAGAUACACCCGUCAGAUACUGUCUGCAGUGGAACACCUGCAUCGACACGGGAUAGUUCACAGGGACUUGAAGAUUGAGAACUUACUACUGGAUGAGCUUAACAACAUAAAGAUAGUAGACUUUGGACUGAGUAACACUCUGAAGGCAGAUUCUCUCUCUCUGGAGCUGCUGAACACUCAGUGUGGCAGUCCUGCUUACGCGGCUCCUGAACUGCUGGCUCACAAGAAGUACGGCCCUAAAGUGGAUGUGUGGUCUGUGGGUGUGAGUAUGUUUGCCAUGUUGACUGGCACUCUGCCAUUUACGGUGGAGCCCUUCAAUAUCAAGCAGCUUCAUCAGAAAAUGGUGAAUGGAGAAAUCAGUCCAAUACCAUCGGACAUCAGCAAUGCGGCUGUACAGUUUGUCUUGUCUCUGCUGGAGCCAGAACCAGCAAAAAGGCCAACAGUAAAAACAGCAAUGGAGGAUAAAUGGUUGAAUGAGGGAUAUGCCAAGAGACCCCUCCAUACCGUCACUCAUAAAAACAGGCUGCUUCCUGAGGAUCUGAAUUCUGCUGUGUUAAACUACAUGACUGAAUCUCUAGGUUACGGUCUGUCUGAUAUCAUCCACACGGUCAUCAGUAACAAGCCGUCAACCACUUUGGCUUGCUACCAUCUCCUGCAGAAAAAACUCACCAGGCAUCAGAAAGUAGUGAGGAGCAUGAAGAGAGAAGAAAACAGUGAAUGGAAUCUUCUGUAUAAGGGCUUGUCGAGAGGGAGAAGCAAUGCAAGUGCAAAGAGUCAGCAGCAGUCUCCUCAGAGUGACACAGCCAAUGAGAGGAGCUCAAGGCAGGCCAGUAAGACCCAGCAGAGCCAAUCACAGGACAGAGACACCCAGACUCGCACAAAAAGGACAGCAGAGACCAUUAGACCAAAGCAGCCAAGCCUAGUGGACAGAGCAGAUUCCCCCUCCUCUCUGCCCGUGGAUACAGCUAAUGAGAUCGCCAUACUGGUCGAGACACAUGAUGGGCUGAUUCCUAAGGUCUUAACUUUUGGUGAGAAGGAGAUGCUUUGUGUCUCACCGCCUAAGUGUUCCUGCAGAGAGGGGAGUGGCACCAAACUCUGUGACUCCGCCCCGUGUGAUGCCACUGUUACCAUAGAAACCUCUAGAGACUCCCAGACAAUGAAAACAUCAAGCAAACCACAUGAUCUGAGACCGGCUUACUCUGAGAAAUAUCAAGUGCUAGAAUACAAACAUCAGCCUGAUGACAAGUUAGAAAAGUUGCAGACAUUCUACUCUGAGAAAGGGGCUGCGCCCAGAACGGGACAGUGCUUUAAGGAUCUAUUACUGGCCAUUGAGGAGAAAACCUACAAUGCUCGCCACCUCAGUGCCAUGGAAACCACAACACAAACCUCCCCUUUACCUCGACUACGUCACACUGGAAUGCUGAAGGAAGCCACACCUAGAAAAGUCUCUUGGGUGUGUCUUAGGCACCACACAACACCUGGCACUGGCUCCUCGCCUUUCUUAGUAAAUGGGUCCAAACCGCCAUUGUUUCCAUCUCAGAGACAACAAGCUCUCGUCAUUAAAAACCUGAGACAUGCAAAGGAGAAGAGGAACACAGGAACGGGAGGGGGAGGGGGGAUUGGUAUCCCCAGUAAUACCGUAAAAAAAAACUCAGUUCAUUUGCGAACAGCUAUACAGCGCAGAGUCACAGACCUCAACUUACCAAUGCUUCCGUCUGCUUUACAAAACAAAUCUGACAAAAAGACAGAAAUACUCAGAAUGGAUUUCGGGUGACAUUUGAGGAUUUGAGGCCUUCUUAAAGGGAAUAUGCUGGAUACAAUACAAGUCAUGCACAGUCAACAGCUUUUAUGGCAUAAUGUUGAUUACAACAAAACAAAUCAUUUUGAUUCAUCCCUUGUUUAAGGCAAGACACUACAGGCAAAACCACUGUUUUUUCAUGCACAUAUAUUCUGAAGGUUUUUACAGAGGAGUUUGUUCAUAUAACAUCCGCCUGGAUUAUAUACAUUUUUAUUCCUUAAAACAUGGUAAAGAUAUAUAUUUUUUUCUGGCCUUCGACAAUAUUUUGUGUUUUAUAGAGUCAUAAAAAUAGAGAUAUCCAAAACCCCCUCUGUAAAAAACCUUUAACUCUAAUAUAUCAAUAAAGUGGAAUUUUAAACUUGACUUUACCUUAUGUACAGAUUUGACAAGUGUAUGCAGAUUUGGGCAUAUUUGAUUAGACAAUGCUUCAUUUGCAUAUUUUUAAAACAUAACAUUUCAGAAAACUUGCAAUACAAAACAGUUGUCUUAAUGUACUGUGAUUAAUCAACUUUUAGAGAGUCAGAUUUGUAAGACUAAGGUCAGGGGUUUGAUUUCUUAGUACCAGCAAGAAUUAUAGGUGGGGGAGUGAAUGGAGAGCACUCUCUUCCUCCCGCAAUACCCACAACUGAGGUGCCCUUGAGCAACCCCCAUUUGCUCCUCAGGUGCCACGGCAAAAUGUCUGUGAUCGUGGUGUGUGUGUGCUCACUUGGAUGGGUUAAAUGCAGAGCACAAAUUCUGAGUAUGGUUUACCAUACUUGGCAGUCACAUCACUCACUUUCACUUUCAGUCUUCGCCUUAUUCACCUUUAGUGCUUUACCUUGAAUUCACUUCCACUGUAAGUGCCUCACUUUCAUUUUUUUUUUCUUUUUUUGUAAGUUAAUCAACAUUAUGCCAGUUGCUGACAAUAAGCUAUCUGCUUCAGGAAGAAGAAUGAGAUAUGUCAUCUUAUUAAAAUCAACAUAUCAUCUUACCAUUACCUCCCCUCUUGCCCCCCAUCUUCCCUUUUUCUACCAUAAUCCCCUGGUCCCAGGACAAUUUGACUACUCUUGAGUUUCUUAAUUGUCUGGUUGGGAUUUGACUGAUGACCAUUGCAGGUUUUAAGCUGCUAUCAUGUUUCUCACUUUAUGAAUGAAUGAAUCUGAAUAGCAUCACUCACUAUACCAGUCAGUGCCAAAGGAUGAGGAUCCAGCUUAUGAGGAAAACGGCUAAUAUAAUUGAACUAUAUUGGCUUUUUGUUUGAAGCUUACAAUAAAAUAAACUAUUGUUCAAGAAUGAGGAAAUGUAGUUUUGGUACAAACUUUUUUUUUUCUUUCUUUUUUUUAACAACUUAUCUUAAAAAUAAAUUUACAUGAUGCUCAAUACUGGACUGCUCUCAUAAUUGUAGACAUCUAAUUAGGCUGUUUUGUAGCGUGUAUGUUAAAUGAGCAACUGUGUUGUGGCUGCUCCCCAAUGGCCAAAAGGGUUUUGAAUAAUAGACAUGUAAAGGAAUCUUUCCCUCUUUUCAAAUGGUGAGGAGCUCAUGAAUUAUGAACACUUUGUUUUGGUACACGAUAUGGUGCUGAGGGGACUUGGACUUUGUGUGUGCGUGUAUAUAUAUGUGUGCUGGAGAGAGAUUGAUCCAAAGUGAGUGUGGCACAUCUGCACCUCAACUCGUUUUGCAACCACAUAGCUUCCGAAGAGCAAAGUCAGACACUUAAAUAUCCUCAGAUUAUAUAAUCCAUCUUUUUUUCAACAGUUAGUAUGAAUUUUAUUGCAUUAGGUAUAACAACAUAACAGAACCAAGUGGCAUCUGCAAACAAUUGUGGUUCUAUUCUCCCAAUUGAC